AUGGUGGCAAGCUGCAAAGACCAGCUUAAACAGGUGGCUAUCUGCCUGCAACGAUCCCCAUGUGUGAUGAUCGAGCGCAACAAACCCAAAGAGUGCAUCUCCAACCCCGAGCUUGCCAAAGAUCUGCCGGAGCUCUGCAAAGCCCAGCUCGCCACGUUUCUUGAGUGCAAACGCGGUAUUGUCGACAUGCGAAAGCGGAUCCGGGGAAAUGGUACAUUGAGCACGGGGAAAUACGACGAACAAUACGAAAAACUCUCAACAGGAGACUUCAAUCCCCUGGAGGAAAUGCACAAGCUGGACCAACUCAACUCGAGUCAAAAACAGUGA